AGCUUAGCUCUUUCGAGAAAACAAAAAUGUACAAUGUUCAUAAACUUCUGUUUCUGAAUGUAAAGGUUUAAUUUUAUAUGUCGGUGUUAAGCCUUCCGUUCUCAUAAAGAACGUCGAAAAGCUCGUUUUAUCUAUAAAUAAUCGGUUUAGUUGCGCAACAUGGCGAAUUGAGCCCAGCUGCUGUAAUGAAACUCUCAAUAAUAACUUUGUGACUGUGACACGCUCUAGUUAGCUUUGAAGAUUUUUAACGCGCACGGUUGGUGCGGUGCGGCAGCGGCGACUUGUUACAGUUAGCUGCGCGCGCUCGAGCUCCGUGAAGUGUGAUGCUGGCGGCGAGCUAGGCGCGGAUCGGAGCUCGUUGAGCUCAGGGUAUACAGCAGCGGAGCGCCGGGCGCUGUGUUUCUGGUCAGAAGCAAGUGUCAGCCGUCAAGCUGGAGCGGCUACCCGAGUACCUGCGCGACACCGUCGACUGGUUCAUGGGGUGAGUCGCUUGCUGGCUCGCCGCCUUAUGUAAGUGCGCGGGCCGGCCGCCAUGCUGGAUUGUCUGUGGAAGGCGCGGCGCAAAGAUCGCGAGGGCGAAGCGGCAGGCGACCCCAAGCUGUACCUCCAGGAGGCGCUGCUGGAGCGCAAGCUGCCCGAGCUGGACAUGCGGCAGCUGGUCGAUCUGCCGCGCCACCUCGACUACAACGAGUGGCUCGCCUCGCACACAUUGGCGCUAUUCGAGCACGUGAACCUGGUAUACGGAGCGGUAUCGGAGUUCUGCACGGCGAGCAGCUGCCCCGACAUGUCGGGCCCCGGCGGGCGCGUGUACGCGUGGGUGGAUGAGCGCGGCAAGAAGGCGCGCGUCGCCGCCCCGCAGUAUGUGGACUACGUGAUGACGCUCACGCAGAACACCGUCAACGAUGAGACGCUCUUCCCCACCAAAUACGCGAACGAGUUCCCGGCGAUGUUCGAGUCGGUGGUGCGGCGCGUGGUGCGGCUGCUGUUCCACGUGGUGGCGCACUUGUACGCGGCGCACUUCCGCGAGCUGGCGCUGCUGCGCCUGCACGCGCACCUGCACCUCACCUUCGCGCACCUCACCGCGCUCGACGCGCGCUUCCAGCUGCUCGACCACAAGGAGACCGAGGUGCUGCGCGACCUGGAAGUGGCGCUCCGGCUGUCGGAGCCGGCAUCGUCCCCGCGGCGCUCGCCCGUCGUCACGCAGCCGCUCGGCGCCGCGUGACCGGCGCGCCUCCACGGCGCCGCGUGACCGGCGCGCCGCCACGGCGCCGCGUGCGGCCGCUAGCGCCCGGGCGGCGCCGCACGCCGCACGCCGCAAGCCGCACGCCGCACGCCGCCGACCGACGCCCGGCCGCCCCGGAGCGGCGUCUACCAGCCUCUAAACCUAAGUUAAAACGAUUGUUAAUUCUAUUGUAAAUAUUUCAAUCUGUUAAGUAGUUUUAGGUGAUUACGAUUAGUUAAUACUAUUAUUUGUGAUUGCUUUGGUUGUAAAUAAAAGUGAUAUUUGUUUAACUAAUAAACUGAAAGCCUUAA